UUUCUUAUAUCUUCCAUGGAACAUCUGCACUGGGAAUGGAAUCAGGCUCAGCUGCCAGGGCUUUGUGAUGAGGGGCUGCAUGGUGCCCAGAGACCACUGUGACACUGCAGGACCCUGCCUUGGCCGUGGGGCUUUGGAGGAGCACUGAGCCCUGGGGUGCCCACUCUCAGGAGAGCACUUCCCUGCAUCUCCCCUGGAGCCCCUGGCAGCUUUGCAGCAGAGGCUGUCAAAGACAGACGCAGAGAACCAUUUCAAGAACGCCAGCACCCAUAUGCACAAGAAGCUGCCAGGCCUGGACUGGAUGCGCCAGGGGAAUGCAUUUCUCAAACGUGGGCAGCCAUUGCCAAAAGGCUUGGAGGGAUUGGAGGCCAUUUCAAGCAUGCAGAAGGUGCUACACUGGCUUGAAGUCCAUGUUCCCAGUAAUCCAGAGCCUCUGGCUGAGGAGGACGAGGACUGCGGAAACAAGAUUGACAAGGAGCAGUCCCAUGAGAUAUUGGAAGAGGACAUCCCAUGUCCGGUGCCCUCAGAGAAGUGGGAAGACAGCAGCCAAAGCCAGGAGUCCCAAGCCAUGUUAGAAGAGUACAGUGACCAAGAGCUGUUUCAAGGGGAAGAGGAUGAGAGCAGAGCAGCAACAGGAGAGGCUUUCAGCAAACUGCAGAGCACAUCUCCUGCCCUGACUGGUCCCAUGGACACCAAGGAUGAGCCAGCCAUGUCCCCAGGUCCAGCACCACAGCAGCGAGGGAAGGCUGGCAGCAUCACACCCACAAGCACUGGCCAGGCACCAUCUGCUCCUUCCUGGAAAGUGCCCUCAGUGCCAGGAGUGCAGGCAGAAGCUUGUCUGAUGUCCACACAGCCCUCUGGAGACAGAUCUCCUUCCCUCACAGCCACUCAUGCCCCAGAGCAACUGCAGCGACAGUCCCUGUUCAGGAGGGCACUCAGGGCUGUGUGCAGGGCAUUCCUUGGCACCCACCGACCACGGGAGCAGGAGCAGCAGUGCCCUGCUCCCAGCACCUGGCAGGUGCCUGGAGAUGGCUGCUCUGAGCCUCAGCAGUGUCCUCUGACAGAGUGACACAGGGAAGCACAGCAGGGAUGAAUGCAGGGACAGUGCCUCAGGCAUCUGGCUGUCCUGAGGCCAUUCUGCUGCCAGACUGUUCUUGGCCAUGUCUUCAUAACACCAGCCCAUGACUACCCUUCCAACGUUAUCAAUAGAUCUAGCUCAUUUUUACCACACACAUUUUGCAAAUAGACUGUGUUUUAUAUGUAUUUGUAUA